AUGCUUUCACUUUUUUACCUGCUGUCUAUGGCGAGUUGCAAUGCUUUGCUCCCCCGCGCCGCCUGCUCUGGGAACACGGCAACAACUCGGUCUCAGUGGUGCGAGUACAGCGUCGACACGAACUACUAUGACGAAGUUCCUGAUACUGGCGUCGUGAGAGAGUACACCUUCGAUUUGGUUGAACUUACUGCCUCACCAGAUGGCUUCCCGCGUACCGUGUACGCCUUUAACGGUAUUGUGCCUGGACCGACCAUUGAGGCUGACUGGGGCGACACUGUCGUCGUCCAUAUCAACAACAACCUCACUUUGGCUAAGAACGGAACGUCAGUUCACUUUCAUGGUAUUCGUCAAAACUAUAGCAACGGAAUGGACGGUGUGACGUCCAUUACACAAUGCCCACUCCCCCCAGGCGACUCAAUGACUUACACCUGGCGCGCCACACAGUACGGCACUUCGUGGUAUCAUUCCCACAUUGGCUUACAGGCUUUUGAUGGUGCCGCUGGUGCUAUCAAAAUCAAUGGUCCGGCAACUGCAAACUACGAUGUCGACGUUGGUACUAUUAUGCUCUCAGACUGGACGCAUAAGACCGUGGAUUCAUUGUACUCCGAGGAGUUAACAAGAGGCCCGUCGUUCUUAGACAAUGGCCUCAUCAACGGGACCAACACGUGGACGAAUGGUGGAAUGAUUGUCAUCGCCGCCGACUUUGUGCCGAUUGUGCCGUAUGAAACCACGGUCUUGGACAUUGGUAUGGGUCAAAGAUACGACGUUAUUGUUCGUGCAGACCAGCAAUCGGUCGCUCAGAAUUUCUGGAUGCGCGCUAUCCCACAGUUCUCUUGCUCCCUCAACAGCAACAAAGACAAUAUUCGUGGUAUUAUAUACUAUGGAAGCGAGGCAUCAACCCCAGCCACCUCAGCUUACCCAUAUAUUGAUAGCUGUGUUGAUGAGCCAGCGAACAACCUGGUCCCCCAUCUGGUGCUCAGCGCUGGCCAACAAGAACAAUCCGACCUCGAGCCAGUCGGUCUUUCGCCCACUGAUGAUGUCAUUCUAUGGGCUAUGGACAAGACAUCAUUCUACGCCAACUGGGAGAAUCCCACCCUACUUCAAAUAUACAACAACGACACCAGCUAUACUAGACGCAGCCACGUUAUUUCACUCGACAAAGCGAACAGCUGGGUCUACGUAAUCAUUGAGGCCACAAACGCCAUUCCACAUCCUAUCCACCUCCAUGGACACGACUUUUCUAUUGUGGGACAAGGACCUGGUCCUUUUGUCAGGUCGAAGAACCUCUUCAGCCUGACCAACCCCAUGCGCCGUGAUGUGGCCAUGCUUCCUGGCUCUGGGCAUCUUGUGCUGGCUUUCAAAACGGAUAACCCGGGUGCGUGGCUAAUGCACUGCCAUAUUGGGUGGCAUACCGACAUGGGUCUAGCUCUUCAGUUUGUGGAACGGGUUGAGGAAGCACGGGAGCUGAUUGAUUUCGACUACCUUGACAACAACUGUGCGAAGUGGCGCGAGUAUACGGAGCUGGCCAGUGUCGAGCAAGAGAAGUAUGACGACGGCAUCUAA